CAGGAAACCAUCUUUACCGGCAUUCGUUCCAGACUCCGAUUGUUGCAAUUGAGGUUCAGAUUUCACCCCAAACUUGGGAUCUCGAGCUCUGUAUGAGAGUUGAACUAACAGGCUGCCCGUACAUGUCCGGCUGCAACUUAAGACUUGGAAUGGAGAGCGGUCAGAUCACGGACUCACAACUCUCUUCCGAAAAGCCACAACCUACUCCAAUCGAUGGCACAUCAUAUGCGUCACCACGCCUCCACCAAUGGGUCGGACUAAACAGUGGUUGGGUGCUCGGGUCACUAGGGAGGGGUCAAUGGAUACAGAUUGACCUCCUGACCUUGCAUACAGUUACAGGGGUCACAGUUCAGGCCGGUCGCGAUCACCAGUAUCUAUUGUGGAUGGAGGAGUUUCGACUGUUGUACGUCGUGCCACCCCAGGGAACGAGGAAAAACCCUCGACAGCAAUGGCAGAUUUAUAAGAAUAACCACGGUACUGACAUGAUUAUGAGGGCCGAUCACUCUCCAUAUUCAGUUUCGCAUACGUCAUUGACAAGGUCCUUCAUCACAACAAAAAUCCGCAUCGAACCUGUUUCAUGGACCUCAAUAUACCCAGGGCUUAGGGUGGAGGUUACUGGAUGUGAGCUAACGGGGCGUGACAGGUUCUGUAGCGAGGGGUCCAUUCCGUGGAACGGCAUGUGCAUUAGCACAACAGCCAGCGACAACACUGGAGCAUGCGCACUGGUGCACGGACAUGACGCAGAGAGACUCGUCAUCCAAUCAGAUGCUCUUCAGACUUUCAUACAACGUCACUGGGACCUUCUCGUAAUCCCUGACAUAGAUAAGUACGUCAUUGGACUGCAUGGGGACCAAACGCAUGACGUCAAGGCUUACGUUUGGUCAGACGGAACGCCUUUAACUGUUGAUAACCUGGCUGUGGGUGAAGCCGCAAAUGCGUCCAAAUUGGAGCUGCCUAUUUGUGCCUUUCUUGAUAGUAAGGGCAACUUUCAUUGGAUUUUGCGUCAUUGCCCGUCAACGGGACGAUCUAGGAGAGGGUCUUUAUGUCAGUAUGAUCUUGACGAGUGUUCUGGAAACCAUGGAUGCUCUCAUUCAUGUCUGAACUACCCCGGGGGAUAUCGCUGCCUCUGCCCUGAGGGAUCCUUCCUCAAUAAGACUACUCUCAAAGACUGUGUAUCACUCUGCUCAGAAUUAUCAGAAACAACCAAUCUCACCUGGAGUCAGAGUGGACAAUCGUGCUAUGUCAAAGGUCAAGGCAAUGCAUCAUGGGAAGAGGCGGAUUCCUUUUGCAAGUCUUUAGGAGGAGGCAGUCGGCUACCGCUAGAGGGCAGCACAGUCUGGGUUGAUUAUGAUGGAUACCUUGAUUUGGUGUGGGUUGGCCAAACUGAUAUUGGCGUAUCAUCUCUUGACAACACAAGCUUGCAGACACAUCACAGUAAACCAGUUAUGAACUGCACGGCUCUGAGAACGACAAGCUCUGAUGGGCCAGUAAUGAGAGCAUGCGAUGAUACGCUUCCAUUUAUCUGCGUUGAAGAGUUUGAAAUCCUUGAGAUCCAGCCUAGCGAUCGUCCAGGCGCGGAGACCGUCCUACAAACACCCCUUUCUCUCAUACAGAGAUGGUAUAGCCCACCGUAUCUCAACACUAUCGUCUCCAUGACUACCAUUAAGAUUGAAGCACCACAAGAUUUCCUACUUCGAUUUGACGUUCUCCGUCUAUCCUUACGUAAGGAGGGAACCGAUUGCAUCGACUCUCUCAGAAUCUACAACGUCUUAAGGAACUCCUCUGAGGAGCUCCGAGGAACAAUCUGUGAUGAUAUCCAAGAUGUUCAUUUCAUCUCGCAAUCCAAUCGAGUGAACGCUUUGCUGAAUAUCGAAGCCCCAACUGCUGAUAUGCCUGCCAGCCUUGGACUUGAGAUCAUUGUAUCUUUUGUCGAUUGCAAAGUGACCAGAUGUGAUGAAAACUGCACGCCGGACCCGACAGAUUUCAAUCUGCCAUCGGGGUCAUUCGGAACUCUAGGAGUCACGAUCGACUUCUUUGCGAGCUGUAUGUUUGUAAUCACGGCUGAAGAUGGCAAAUUCAUCAACCUUACUUUUACUGAAUUCCAACUGGCGAAUGGUACAAGAGUGGAAAUAUUUUUUGCUCUUCCUGAACAAAUAACAAUGGGACAAGCUCACAAGAAAUACGAGUUCGGCAUGGGUGCGCCCCCAGCGGUGAUCUCAGAUACCAACGUGAUGACAGUGAUGUAUCUGACUGGCCUGGAGAUCAACACUGUGGGGUUCCAGGCAGACUACAAAACAGUCGAUUUGCCUGGAUGCCAAGUUGGCCGUACAACAAGCGCCAUUUUACCGUAUCAAUGCAACUACCCACACGCCUACAUCGUGUCACCCGGCUACUCCUACGCCAAUCCUGUCUUCAACAGUCCACCAUACGGCAGCCCUACGUAUGGCAGUCCAGCUUCGCAAGCCACUUAUGUGAUAACAACCCUGCCCGGAACCUACGUAGAAGUCGAGUUUGACGAUUUCGAUAUCCCGAGUGGUUUGAUGAAGAUGUGUAGAGAAGGAUACCUAACUGCAAGGGAUGGGUUAUCCCCUUCGGACGAUAUAAUAGGUGCUGCACUAUGUAAUGACCAUCGGCCGGAUGGACCGAUCCAGAGCUCCAGGAAUCAGAUGUACAUUGACUUUCAGCUAGAUCCUUUACUCAGAGGAAGGGGGUUCGCAGCGAGAUAUUCCGGGCGUUACUUCCAGCCCAGAUUGGCUGUCAUUCCGACGAGUGAGAACUGCAAGGAUGGUUCAUGGUACCACUUUCAAGAACACUGCUAUCGAUUCUUUGAAAAUGAUGAAAAGAUUCGUUGGUCUGACGCAGAGGGCGGGUGUCAGGGCAAGGACAGCCACCUCGUCAGUAUUAUGAACAUCGAUGAGGCAGAGUUUAUUCACGUGAUGUUGGCAACAAUCUGGCAUAGAACAAAUCUGAGCACGUAUAUAGGGCUUACCGGUAGGACCCCUGAGGGAGUUUUUCGUUGGUCAGACGGGAGUCCAAUGAGUUACACGGACUGGUCCAUUCCAUUUACAGAAGAGCACGAGGAGAGGUUCGAGUACUACCAACCCAAUGGCGGUAUACUUGAAGAGUGCACCAACAUUGAGAUGGAUGACGUAAGAACAACCGCCACGUGGCAUGACGUAGCAUGUGCGUCAUUGGAGGCCAGGCAGUACAUCUGCAAGACGAAUGCAUUAGAUUACGACGUGGAGCCUGAACGCAUGGGAGAUACAAUAAUUUCUGGACCGCUAGACUGCCCUGCUAAUCUUUUUACUUGUGGCAGCGGGGAGUGUGUUCAGAAGGUUUUUCUCUGUGAUGGCUUUCCAAAUUGUUUCGACGAAAGUGAUGAAGACUUCCCGACAUGUCUAGACGAACUUGGUGAAGGGACAUAUUUUACUUGUCAUGACAACAGCAAGAUUCCGGCUUCUUUCUACUGUGACUCUAAAGAUGAUUGUCAAGAUGAUUCGGACGAACUGAAUUGUGUUUACCCAAACUGCACCGAUGGAGAGUUUCGAUGUGAUGACCACCAUUGCAUCGAUGCAUCCAAAUACUGCGACCUAACCCAAGACUGUAGGGACAGAUCUGACAUCACAAAGUGCGACUCGAUCAGCAACAGUUUCCAGUGCUACUCUGAUAUAUGGAUACCAUUGAGCAAGAAGUGUGAUGGUUUUACUGAUUGUCAGGGACUGAAAGCAGAAGAUGAAGUGAAUUGUGACUACAAAGAAGAAGGAAACUGCAUGAAUGGAGAAAUAUAUUGCCUAAACGAAGUCUGUGUUGAUCAAAGCAACAAAUGCAUCUUAGAUUUUGACAAGCACGGCUACAUUAAGGGAUGUCGUGACGUCACUCAUCUAAGAGACUGCGAGUCUUUUGUGUGUCCUGAAUUCACGUUGAAGUGUCCCAACUCCUACUGCAUACCGAUUUCUUUAAGAUGCAAUGGCAAUCUAGAUUGCCCAGAAGGGGAAGAUGAACUAGGGUGUGAGAAUUACACGUGUCCAGGGGCCUACAAAUGCGGCAAAAAACCUUACUGUAUACGUCUGGACAAGGUCUGUGAUGGAAUAAAAGACUGUGGCCGGACGGGGGAUGAUGAACUUUUCUGCGAUGCGCCAUGCCCAGAAAGCUGCAACUGCGCAGGUCUUUCAUAUUCGUGUAGAGGUGAAUGGGCAGAGUCGGAUGGCGGUACGAUUCCAAAUGACGUCAGGCAAUUAUUCCUAAAUUCCAUGCGCCCAACCAACAUGACCCAAUCAACGUCAAGUGGCAGGAACAAAAGAGACAAUGGCCCAUUGUUUGACUCAAUAGAGGAGCUUUUGUUCAUACAAAUCAGUAAUUAUCCUUUGUUAAUGGAACUUAAAUUGGAAGGGAAUGGCAUUGGAGUACUGGAGCGGGGGAUGUUUAGAAAUAACCCAAACAUGUUAAAACUAAACCUUUCAGGCAAUAACAUUGAAACCAUCGAGCCAGGAACAUUUGAAGGACUCUCGUCUCUUCAGAAUCUAUCACUUGCUGACAAUAAAUUGAGAUCAAUUGAAGUUGGGGCAUUUGCAGGUCUUAGCAAUCUACGCUGGUUAGACAUUCGUGAUGUUAGUUCAGUCGCGUCUAAGGAUGUGUUCGAUGACUUGGACAGUCUUGAGACCAUAGUGGCAAGUCAGUUUCUGUUCUGUUGCCUGAGAGAGCAGACUAAAGACCAGCAGAUGAUCAAAUGCAUAGCACCAAGUGAUGAAUUCUCAGACUGUAAAGACCUUAUCCGUAACCCGGCCCUCCGUUUCUUCAUCUGGGUGCUCGGAAUCAGUGCUCUCCUCGGCAACCUUUUCGUCUUCGGGUACCGCAUCGCUACCACGUACCGGGAUAAACGCGACGCCGCCUCGGUGCAGACCUUCCUCAUCACCAACCUCGCGGCCUCGGACUUUCUCAUGGGCGUGUACAUGAUUAUCAUCGCCAGCGCCGAUGCGCAUUUCAGGGACAACUACGCCCUCUUUGCUGAGGGCUGGCGAGGGGGUUUUGUCUGCAAACUUGCUGGGAUACUUUCGGUUCUAUCCAGUGAGGUGUCAGUGUUCGUUGUGAUGCUGCUUAGCAUCGAUAGAUUCCUGAAGAUUGUAUUCCCGUUUCAUUUUGGAGCUCACCUCACGCUGAACGUCACUCGGCCGAUUGUUUUUGCUGUUUGGGUGGUAGGCAUACUGAUGAGUUUACUACCAGCAGUUAUGAAGGUCUACUUUACACAGAAUUACUACGGCAGCUCGGGAGUGUGUCUUGCCCUACCACUGGCCAACCAGCUCCCAGGUGGUUGGGAGUACAUGUACUUCAUUCUCAGCAUCAAUCUAAUCUGCUUCCUCGCCAUGUUAGCCUGCUACAUCGCUAUCUUCAUCGCCGUCAAACAAUCCUCCAAGAAAACCAAAGCCGGGAAAUCAGUCCAGACCAGUCAGACCCUAGCUGAUAUCAAAAUGGCCUCUAAGAUGGCGCUGAUUGUCGGCACGGACUUCCUCUGUUGGAUGCCUAUUAUCCUGAUGGCGAUCGUUAGCCGAAACGUCAACGUGAGCAUACCCCAAGACGCCUACGCAUGGACUGCAGUUUUUGUUCUUCCCUUGAAUUCAUCACUCAAUCCGUACUUGUAUACAUUGUCUAUGUACUGGAGUGUGCGUCGGAUGGAGAACAAUAAGAGACGUCUGGCUGCCCAGUACCAGACUGCUUCAACCCCGGCCAUAACCCCGGCCGUGACACCAGCGUCACGGACGCGCAGUGAUACGCUACAAGUUGAACUUCCAGAUGAUAAUCACCACACUGAUGACAUGGAGUUAAGACCAAUGCUGAAAUCAGUUUUUACAGAGUUGGAGAAACAUCGUAUUUUACCAGUGGUCAAGACUCUUGCCUUUGACGAUUCAUCGGCGAGACACUCUGUACAGCAGCAGCUCAAUUUCCUAGGGGCGACUGGGUUUCCUGACGCCUUUGAUAAUAUGACUGAGGGCGAUUUAGCCAACGUUGAGAGAGACGUGAGAAGUGCAUUGUCAUGGUUACACACAAACAACAUCACUGGAAUUCAUCUGAAAGAGGACAGUCUCUUGUUUGAAAAGGAACCGGCUGGCCGCACGAGGGCGUAUGUUAAGUUACCGCAAAGUAUCCUUGGAACUGAACCUUCAAAAUUAAACUCAACAGACAUUGGUGUGGAGCUGGAUUGGAAAGCGUUUGAGAAUCUCCUGGGACGACUUAGGGAAAGGGUGUAUAGCACCCCCAAUGGCAACAGGAAAGAAAAAAACCAAGACACGGUUGACAUCAGCCUUUGAUUUAUUGAUUUGUUGACUGUAUAUUUUGUCUUCAUUUUUUUUUCUUCUUCUUUUUUUGCAAGUCGCCAUCACACAAGGCCGGAAGGCCAAUUUAAUGCGUGCUCAACAAUCAUUUGUAUCCAGGGGUAGUUGCCAUCACUCCUAUCGUUUAACUUAACUGACACAAAAAUAUAACAUGGUUUGUGGGUGACUAGUUCAUAUUAGCUCCCCGAGGUAUUGGAAGUUGACAAACUAG